CCAAAGUCCCCGAUCUUAUUGCACUGAAAAGUGCCCACUUAUCUCGACAAAGCUUCAUUUGGCCCUCCCGAUCGUGGAUCCUCGGGUCACCGCAGUAGGAUAAUGUGACUGGCGAUCUACCGCUUGCUGCAUACCAUGGAGGCCCCUCAAUCCAAGUUUCGCGUGGUUAUAGUGGGUGGCUCCAUCGCUGGCCUUACCCUCGCUCACGGUCUCCUACGCAAUAACAUCGACUUUGUUGUCUUGGAGUCGCGUGAUGACAUUGCGCCUCAGGUUGGUGCCUCUAUCAGUAUCAACCCAAACGGCAGCCGCAUCUUUGAUCAAAUCGGCGUCUUCGACGAGAUUCGUGACCUCGUGGAGCCGCUCCGGCAAGAGGAAAUCUGGUCUGAUAGCGGCAAGCUGAUCACCAGGUCAGUCGAUUUGCGUCUCGUCUCAGAGAGACUUGGGUAUCCAGCAAUGUUUCUCGAUCGCCAGGCGGUCCUCGCAAUUCUCUACAAGCACCUAGGAGCCGCACAGAGCCGGGUACUCCUUAACAAGAAAGUGACCGAAGUGGACCACCUGCCCGAGAAAGUUGUCGUCCACUGUGCAGAUAAUACAACCUUCGAAGGGGACUUGGUCGUCGGUGCAGAUGGUGUGAGGAGUACUAUCCGGUAUCGGAUGUGGGAUUACAUGGAAACCCGAGGGCUUAUUCGAGAAACCGCGGAGGAGAGAAAAAGAAUGAAGUCGGAGUAUAAUUGUGUCUUCGGUAUCGCAGAGCCAACACCAGGGCUGGUAUCGGGGAUGCUUUAUCGGACAUAUGGCGAGGGAUAUUCGCUAUUAGUGAUAUCCAGCAAGCAUGGGCGCGUCUACUAUUUCUUCUUCGCCAAGAUGGAUAAAGUCUAUACCGGCAACGACACACCGCAAUACAGCCAGGCUGAUCUCGAAGAGCAGGUAGCAAAAUACCUGGGCAAGCCGGUCACCGGUACUGUGCCGUUCUCGGAGGUGAUUCAAAGGACGGUAACACAAACGAUGGUCCCCUUGGAGGAGGCGCUUUUCAAACAUUGGUGCAUGGACCGCUUUGUCUGUAUUGGAGACUCGAUCCACAAGAUGACACCCAACUUGGGCCAAGGCGGAAUGUGUGCCAUCGAGAGCGCAGCGUCUUUAGCUAAUAGCCUCGCCACGCUCGUAGUUCAUGAUGCGUCUGAGGGGAAGAACAUCUCCGCUUCCUCCUCUUCCUCCAUCUCAGUCGACGAGAUUCAUCGCUGCCUGAAGAACUGGGAAGCUGCGCGUCUCGCUCGUAUCCCCACAGUCUAUGCUGGCUCUCGUGAUCUGACUCGGAUUGAGGCUCUGGCCUCCCCGAAAUAUAAGUUCAUUGCGUUUUACAUACUUCCCUACUUUGGCAGCUACCUCCUUGACCUCAACUGUCUCAUGAUGACUGGGAGUGUCAAGCUUGACUGCGAGCCAGCCCCGGCGCGAUCAUUGCAGUGCACCAUGGCGUACACCGAUAGCUAUCCUCAAACCUCAGCCGACAAGGCCUGGAAGCGAGCCCUCAAGGUUGCUCCAUUGGUCGCUUGCUACGCUGCUGCCAGCGCCACCAUGGGAGCCGUGGUUCAAAAGACGAUGCCAUACUUGAUAAAGCAAAUCGCUCAAGGAACCUGGAUGGCCAGCAACGGCGAGGUCAUCAAUCUGACAGAGCCAAUCUACCAUGUUCAAUUCCUUGACAACCUCCUCGGACCCAUGGCUCUCUGCUUUCUACCAUCUAUCAGCGGGUCUGACCCACAGUCUCGGCUACAAAUGCUGUCGUUCAUGACUGACUUGAGCCCCGUCUAUGGCAUCUGGCUCCUGGAAAGCCUCCGCAAUUCCGAGUCAUGGUACAAGGUGUUGCUCCCCAUAACCGCCGGCAUCGCCUCUCAAUUCUGCGGAAUCGGCAUGAUCGCGCCCCUGUACUUUGCAGUCGAAUACAUCGCCACGCCUCUCAGCCGCAUCCUGCCAGGCCACAACCGCAUCAUCGACCCGUCCACAACAGGGGCAUUGCUCGUCUCCCUGCUCGGUAGCUACAACCUCAUCACCUACGCCAACUUCAUCCCCCGCGCCAUCGAGACUCGUCACUGGUAUAAUGCCAUCUGGCAACUAUUCCCCGUGACAUUGCCCCUCCUUCAGCUUCCCAUUGCCCUCCUCGCGAGGCGCCUCUUUCCCCGCCCGCCCCCGGCCGACCCCGACGCCAAGACCAAGAUACAGAGGAGGAACAUACGUACUGUCCGGUUCUUCUACCGCACUCUCGCCCUCGUUUCCGGUCUCACUUUUAUCUACACCCGCUUCACCAAGCCCCAGGGUACCCCUAUGGCCAGUCUCUUCUUCCCUGGUCUGACAGAGCAUCUAGCCCCCGUGACAUCCUUCUCGCAGGGUAUCACCCUGGCCUUGCAGUAUGAUCAGCUGAUGUCCGUGGCUAGCGGGUUUGUCUGGCUCGCUUUGAGGUUCCGAGAGCUAAAGGAACGACAGGAGUCGCGGUCUGAGGCUACGUUCUCGUGGUGGAAAGCCGUUGGGGCGUGCGCUGCAUCUACAUUUGCGUUGGGGCCAGGUGCCACUUUUGCACUGGGGUGGGGGUGGAGGGAGGAGAUGUUGGAGCAAUUGGCGGUGUCGAUGCAGAGUGGUGGCAGUGGUCAUUUGGCAGAGGGGGAGGUGGUUAUGCAAGGGGGAAAGUAA